AUGAGGCUGGCAGUUCUCCUCCUGUCGGCGGUCGUUGGCCUGGCCAGCGGCCUCGGUAGCACCGACACGAUCACCUGGGGCGGCGAUAACUCGAGGUCGGGGUACCAGACCAACCACAACAUGGACCCCGCCAUCGUUGGCAGCUCGCAGUUUGACCAGAUCUGGCGUACGACGCUGCCGGGCAACUAUGGCGGCGACAAGGAGAAGGCCUUCUCGCAGCCGCUCGUGUACACACCGUCAACGGGCACUGCGCAGUACGUCUACUACUCGACGACACAGAACAAUGUCUACAAGAUCAACGCCAAGACGGGCGAGAUCGUGGCCUCGCGCAACCUCGGUCUUCCCUUCCUGACGGCCGACCUCAACAACUGUCUCGAUAUCAACCCCCAUGUCGGCAUCAUCUCAACAGGCGUGAUCGACCCGGCUACCGAUACUCUCUACCUCACGAGUAAGACAUAUGCCGACCAGAGCCAGCCCAACGUCGCCCAGGGCAAGCCGGCCGGACGUUAUUUCAUUCACGCCCUCGACGCCAACGACCUCACGGAGAGGCCCAACUUCCCCGUCGGUCUUGAGGGCAUUGUUGCCCGCAACAGCCCGCAGCGCAUCUUCAACGCCGGCAUCUCGAAUCAGAGGCCUGCCCUGCUGCAUGUCGGUCAGUACAUUUACGUCGGCUUCGGUUCUCACUGCGUGCAGUAUGAUUUUACUGGUUGGGUCAUCGGGUUCGACAAGACAUCGGGCAAGCUCGUGGAGCAGUUUGCUACCCAGGGCCCCGAUGUUCCCGCCAACAAGAAGGGCGCCAGUAUCUGGAUGUCGGGCGGUGGUAUUGCCUCGGACAAUGCCGGAUCCAUCUUCUUCGCGACUGGCAACGGCUACGCUUCACAGCUGGCGACGAUCCCCGUCAAGGGCUUCAACCCUCCGACGGCCCUCGAGGAGGCCGCUGUGCACAUGACUAUCGGCGCCGAUGGCCGCCUCGACGUUGCCGACUUUUUCAUGCCCUAUGAGAAGCAGGAACUCGACGGCGCCGACAAGGAUCUCGGCACGAGCCCUCUCGAGAUUCUCCCAAGCGAGUUCUCCUGCGGCAACGUCAAGCGCAUGGGCGUCGUCACUGGUAAGAGCGGCAAGACGUACUGGCUUGACCUCGACAACCUUGGCGGCUAUCGCAACGGCGCCGACAGCAAGUCUGAUGCUGUGCUGCAGACGUACCAGAACGAAAACUCGGUCUACGCCGGCGCUGGUGUCUACCCGCUCGAGGGCGGCUACAUCUACAUCAAUGUCAUCCAGUUCCAGUCGCACGUCUUCAAGUUCUCGUGCAUCAACGGCAAGCCGAGCUUCGCCAAGGUCGCCGACUCGCCUCAGACAAACGGUUAUGUCCUCGGUGUCAGCCACGGGACCGUCACGUCGCUUGACGGCCAGCCAGGAACCGGUCUCGUCUGGGUCACCGAUGUUCAGACUGUUGCUGGGUCCUCGCCUCUGUCGACAAUCCGUAUUUAUGACGCUAUUCCCAAGGAUGGUGCCAUGGUGCUGCGCAAGUCGUUCAACGUUCCCGGUAUCAUGAAGUUCACCCGUGCCGUUUUCGGUGAUGGUACCCUCUUUGUUGGCACGAACCAGGGCUACCUCUAUGCCUUUGGCGCGCCCAAUAAGUCGCCGCUCGACUGCUCGCCGGCGCCGGCCACCUUUGGCUCUGUCAACAUCAACGCCAAGUCGGACGAGAAGACGAUUACCUGCAAGGCUGUCAUCGGUGUCAGCCUCACGGGCGUCGAACUCGACAAGUCCCAGGAUUACGCCGUUUCUGGCACGCCUAACAUGCCGCUGCAGCUUGCCGUCGGCCAGCAGUUCACGGUCAAGGCCACAUUCACCCCUGGCAGCGUCGGCACGCUCGCUGAUGACAUCAAGUUCAACACGACCAACUCGGUCGCUGGGUACAGGACCACGUCGACUGUUCGCCUCAGCGGUACUGGAUCCAGCGCCGACGCUCUACUUGCCGUGUCACCAAACCGCAUCGUCUUCCCGACCUCUGUCGCCGGCCCCAACCCCAACGACCUCUCUGAGAGCGUCAUUCUGAGCAACCAGGGUAACGCCGAGCUCACCAUCACGUCGGUGCAAAUUUCGACAGCCGGCGCCAGCGGUCCCUUUACGCCGUUCACAGACGCUGGGGAUGUCAAGGUUUCGGCCUUUUCGGUACAGGGCGUGCCCGCUUCGAUCCCCGCCAACGGCAACGCAGUUCUGACUGUCCUCUUCGACACGACCAAGGCGGGUGAUUUUGCGGGCUGGGUCAAGAUUGUGACCAACGGUGGCGAGCGCACCUUUUCCAUCGCCGGCAGCGCAGGCGCCGCUCCUGUGGUCCUGCUCCAGUUCCAGAAGCCCGACGGCUCGGGCUGGGUUGACUACGUCGACGACAAUACGCCCUUCACGUUUGGCGACGUGACGCAGAACACAUACCGCUCUCUGCUCUUCCGCGUCACCAACAGUGCUGCCGCCGGCGGCGUCAAGCUCUCCCUGACCGUGUCCAAGCCGCCUGUCGGCUCCAACAGCAUUGUUCGUGCCGCCAACCAGGUCGACCUCGCCGAGGGUACUCUCCUCGCGCCCGGCGAAAGCGCUACGGCCGUCAUGACAUGCACUGUCCCCAAGACGCAGUACAACCAGGACGCCUACAACGGCACGACGACCUGGACCAUGAACACCAACGACCCUGUCUCGGGCAAGCACGUCAUCCCCUUUUUCUGCAACGCCGUCACCCAACAAGCGCCGCCUCUGCUCGCUAGCGGUCAGGGCAAGUACCGCUACGUCGGCUGCUUCAAGGACAACACGCCGACCCGCCAGCUGUCGAACCAGCUCUACGGCAACGACGCCGGCGAGAACGCCAUGUGCAUCGCCGCCUGUGGCGCGCGUGGCUCCGUCUUCUGCGGCACCCAGUACCACCGUGAGUGCUGGGCCGGCAACCUCAUCCCCAGCACCCAGGUCGCCGACGCCAACUGCAACUUUGACUGUUCUGGCGACCUGCAGCAGAUUUGCGGCGGCAACGGCGUUGGUAAUGGAGCCGGCGCCACGUACAUCUCACUCUUUGCCGACUCGACCCAGUGGGACGGCAACCUCACGAGGCCCGACAGCGGUGGUGGCACCGUCACGCCGCCUGUCGGAGGCCCCGUCGCGAACCCCGGUGUUGGUGGCUACAAGCACAUUGGGUGCUACACCGAGGCGACGCAGGGCCGCGCUCUGCCGACCGAGGGCAAGGUCACGUCCAAGACGGUUGCCAGCUGCGUUGCGGCCUGCAAGAGUCUCAACUUAAAGAUGGCCGGUGUCGAAUACGGCGGCGAGUGCUGGUGUGGCAAUGAGCUUCGUGGAGGCUCCGUCGCUGCGCCUGCCAAGGACUGUAACAUUGCCUGUGGCGGUAAUGCCUUUGAGCUUUGCGGUGGUGGUUCUCGCCUCAACCUGUACAAACUUGGCGUUGCGACCUCUACCGCCGUGACUUCGACGACAUCUGCUGCUGCUACCACUUCUACCACUUCUGCUGCCAUGACGACUGCUACCAGUUCGACUACCACAUCGGCCGCCGCCUCUUCCGCACCCCCGACGACCACGACCACCGCCUCGGCGACGCCAACUUCCACCACGCCCGCGAUCCGCCAGGUCGUCCGCUCACGCUACAACUUCCAGGGCUGCUACACCGAGGCCGACAACGGCCGCGCCCUCGAGAAAUCGACCAUGGCCGACGACCUUAUGACGCUCGAGAUGUGCGCCGACUUCUGUGCCGGCAGCACCUACUUUGGCGUCGAGUACGGCCGCGAGUGCUACUGCGGCGAUGCCCUCCGCGAUGCCACCGUGAAGAAGGCCGACAACCAGGACGAUUGCUCGUUCCUGUGCCCUGGUGACAAGAUGACCUUCUGCGGCGCCGGCGUCAGGCUGCAGCUGUACAAGCUCGGUGAUGCGCCCAUCGCCGCGGGAACUACUGCCUCGAGCUCGACCCUGACUGCGACAACGUCUGCCGCGGCUUCCACCGUGACGACUUCGACCACGUCUGUUGCGCCUACGUCGAGUACCACUUCUGCUGCCGGGACUACGACGAGUACCACCGCUUCUGCUGUCACUACGUCAAGCACCAGUUCUGCGGUGCCCACUACCACCAGCACGACCAGUGUUGCUCCCACCACGACUAGCACGACCAGUGUUGCUCCCACUACGACCAGUACUACCUCUGUCGCUCCUACAACCACACGCACCACCUCGACAGCCACUCCCACUCCCACCGGUCCCAUCAUUUGGCAGGGUAACAGCAACUUCACCUACUACGCUUGCGUUUCAGAACCGUCCAAGGGCCGCCUUCUCACCAAGCAGGUCUUCAACGACGGCGUCAACAUGACCACCAAGGCCUGCGCCGAGCGCUGCUGGGACUAUGGCUACGCCGGCGUCCAGUAUGGCCGUGAGUGCUGGUGCGGCAAUACCCUCAAUUUUGCCGGCAACACGGGCGCCACCCCGGGCAAGAAUGUCACCGACACCGACUGCAAGAUGACGUGCCCUGGCGACAAGAACGCCUACUGCGGUGCCGGGUCAAGGCUCAGUCUCUACAUCAACAAGAAGCUUCUCACCUGA